AUGACGGUGCGACCGAUGGAAGGGGAGGGGCAAAAGGGCAGCAACCAACCGAUUCAAUUCUUUGCUUGCCACUCGCUCGCUCGCUGCCAUCCCUCCUCCUUUAAACUAACUUCUCGCCCGGCGCUCCACCUCUCUCACCCACUCGCCGCCAUGAGCUCUUCCAAGAUGUACCAGUCCGCGUGCAAGGCCGCCAGGUCCCUCCUCGCCUCCUCCUCCUCCGCCGCCGCCCGCUCCUCCCUCCUCGCUGAUGGGAGGAACGCCGCGCUCGCCACGCUCACCAACAUCGGCAGGACCAGGCUCCCCGCCGCCUACUCAUACCACACCAAGGCCUCCGGCGCCGCCAACGCCGCCCACCGGUUCGGGUGGAUCGCCGGCAUACCCGCCGCUGCCUACAUGCUCCAGGAUCAGGAGGUGCAUGCGGCCGAGCUGGAGCGCACCUUCAUCGCCAUCAAGCCCGACGGCGUCCAGAGAGGACUCAUUUCUGAGAUAGUGUCCCGAUUUGAGAGGAAAGGAUUCAAGCUUGUUGCCAUCAAGCUGGUGGUUCCAUCCAAGGAAUUUGCCGAGAAGCACUACCAUGAUCUCAAGGAAAGACCUUUCUUCAGUGGAUUGUGCGACUUCCUUAGCUCUGGCCCUGUACUUGCCAUGGUUUGGGAAGGAGAGGGUGUUAUCAAGUACGGCCGGAAACUGAUUGGUGCCACGGACCCACAGAAGUCUGAGCCAGGAACCAUCAGGGGAGAUCUCGCUGUUGUUGUUGGAAGAAACAUUAUUCAUGGGAGCGACGGCCCAGAGACAGCCAAGGAUGAGAUCGCGCUCUGGUUUACGCCCAAGGAGCUGGUCUCUUACACCAGCAACGAGGAGAAGUGGGUUUAUGGCGUGAACUAAUCAGUGAAUCAACCGUGUUCGGAAGAACCAAUAGAAGUCCACUCCCUUUCCAUAAUCGCCUUCUAGACCAUGGCAGAGUGUAAUAACGCUGGCUGUGACCUCUGAGUUUUUGUCCCUUGUGCUCGAUGCAAUAAGUCCUGACGAAAAGGAAUUGUACUACUACCUUGGAAUGUAGAGCGUGCAUUGAGCAAUCGUGAUGUUUACAUCGAACUAUCGUUUUCAGCCA